AUGGGCUGGUUACAGCUCAACCGCCAAAACAUCACUCCCUCUUCCACCCACAACAACUCUACUCUGCAUAAAGAUCAUAGUACGACACACAUAGAGGACAUCCACAUCGACAAUCCCCAACCUCGUUGCUAUCCACCAGUAGCAAUCGACUUACCAGAUGCCUCACUGCCCUUUGUCCCAGCACCCACGGUCCUCGACGCAGAAUCGAGGGACCACAGACUCUGGCUCGUCAUCGACAACAUUGUCUACGACUGCACCGAUCUCAUCUCCGAGCAUCCAGGUGGCAGCACAGUGAUCAACAGUUUCGUGGGCAAAGAUUGUUCGUGGCAGUUUUGGAGGUUUCACACCCAGGAGCGCAUGAGAGUGUAUGGGAGGGGGUUGAGGGUUGGUCGGACAAACGGUGUGAAGAAUCCGUUCAGAGAGCCGGCAAGGUAUGUCGGGUUGAGGAGGCUAGGGAAUACAGAUGAGGGAUGGGAUUGA